AUGCACUAUUGGAUUAAUAACAUUUGGAGCAAACGUAGUGAAGAAGUAAAACCGCAAACGGAAGACGAUCAGGUUUUCGAUUAUAAGUUGUUGAAUGAAAAUCCAACAGAUGAAAAUGAUGAAAAUUCUGAAGUAAUUAAUGGUGAUGAUAUUGAGGGUGAGAUUUAUGAAGAAGUUGAGGGUGAUAACAAUGUUUGGGAAUAG